UUUUUUUUUUUUUUCCACUUUCAGUGUAUAAUAAACCAUCAAGCUCUUCCAUGCCUUUUCAACCUGCUGAUGGGUAAUUUUAAGAAAAGCAUCAAGAAGGAAGCUUGCUGGACUAUCUCAAAUAUCACUGCUGGAAAUGUUGAUCAGAUACAGUGUGUAAUUGAGUCUGGUAUUGUUGGCCCUCUUGUCAACCUACUGCAAAAUGCUGAGUUUGAGAUCAAGAAAGAAGCUGCUUGGGCAAUUUCAAAUGCUUCAUCUGGUGGCACCCAUGAACAAAUAAAGUUUUUGGUGAGUGAGGGGUGCAUCAAGCCAUUAUGUGAUCUUCUAAACUGUCCUGACCCCAGGAUUGUAACCAUUUGCCUGGAAGGGCUUGAAAACAUUCUGAAGGUUGGUGAAGCUGAGAAAAAUUUGGGUAAUUCCGGAGAGAACAUCUAUGCACAGUUAAUUGAUGAUGCUGAGGGGUUAGAAAAGAUUGAAAACCUUCAGAGUCAUGACAACAAUGAAAUCUAUGAGAAGGCAGUGAAGAUCCUUGAGACAUAUUGGGUGGAUGAGGAGGAGGAUGAACCAUUACCUCCUGGUGAUCCUUCACACCAAACUGGAUUCCAGUUUGGAGGCAAUGAGCUUCCUGUUCCUUCUGGUGGAUUCAACUUCAGUUGAAACCUGAAGGAGCAUUUGGGUGGCAGCAGAAGUCAAGGUUCAUUUUGGAUGUUUGUCCAAAUUUACAUAUUUGAAGAGAUGUUGAAGUAUGGUUGCUCUCUUGAAAGGUUUUCAAUAAAAGCAAGGGGUUUUUGAAACAGUGAACCUGGUUCGGUGGUAAAGAAACAGUUUGCAGAUCUUGGAAGCAAAAUAGAUACUUUUGCUUUACUGCAUUUGUCAUUCUUUUUCAAUUAGCUACUUCCUAAAAUGCAAGAGGUGAAGUAUGCAGCUGAAUACAACUCGUGCUUCUCCUUUAUAGAUAAAAUCCAAGCUUAUGUUCCUGCCUAAAUGCUUAUAUGCAAAAGGCUGUAUUUGCUUCCCUUUUUUAAGGUCUUAUUCUCUUCCCUUUUUAGUGAUAGAUGUGAACUCCUGUUUUGGUCUUUCUUAUCUGAAAGACGUAUCAGUUUUCGAACUUUGUGGUAGAGUUCUUUUUCUGGUUCAUGUAUCAUUUUCAAAAAACCGAUGGGAUUAAUGAAGUAUAAUGUUUGUUUAACUUGUCUGUCGCAAUUGCAAGGACCUUUCCUUAACCCUUGAAGUGCUGUCAUUAAUAUAAACUCUUUCAUCUUUAAAUUGGAAUUUUCUGCAAAAUGGGAUAUGCUGGUUCCAUUAUCAGAACUACUGUUUGUAACGGGCUGUGGUAACUUAUAUCUUCCACCUCAUCAAUCGAUUGACAGAAUUGCCCCUGGAGUCUCCACCGCGAUUGAGUCUUGGCGAGGUUGUUUUUGUAAAAUACAGCAACUGAAAUGCU